AUGGCCAUCACUCUCCUCCUGAUCAUCACCUUCUACCUGGGAUCACACACCACAGGUUAGACUGCUCCACACACACACACACACACACAGUCAUCUGCAACCACAUACUGUAGUUUGUGUUGUGGUUGUGUUCAUGUUCUGACCGUGCAGUCUCUUCUCAGGCUGAUGUUUUCCAGUCUGAGUCCUCGAACAGUGUUUACGGUCAUGGUGACCGCCGCCUCCUCCUCCAACCUCAGCCCUCCCGGUCAGCCGCAUAUAAUCAACACCAACGAGACCGGUGAGAUGUGUUACAAACCGAACUGAUAGUGGUCUGCUCUGAGGAAACUGUUCUGCUGCCUGCCCUCUGCUGAUAAUGGCUGAUAAUAUUUAUUAUCUCCCACACUGUGCGUGUGUGUGCGUGUGUGUGUGUGUGUGUGUGUGUAUAUGUGUGUGUGUGUGUGUGUGGUGUGUGUGUGUGUGUGGUGUGUGUGUGUGUGUGUGUGUGUGUGCGCGCUGCGUGCGGUGUGUAGGUGUGUGUGUGUGUUUGUAGUGUUGUGUACGUUUGUGUGUGUGUUGUGGUAACUCUAGCCUUGCUAAGCAGGAUGAUGAUGCUGUAGUGAAUGUCAGUGAAAUGCCAGAGCUCUGAGGGUCUAUUCACCAGAAUAGAGCAAGCUGGUCAUACACACCCAUAAUGUCUCAUCAUUCUCCCAGUUUGUUGAAUGGACUUCCUAGUUUAGGCAGGAUGUUACUGUUAUGUAUGGAUUGGAUUCUUUCUGGAAUAUGGCCUUAACAGUUUCUCCUCUCGUCUCUUCUUCUUUCCUCUCCUCCCCUCUCCCUCCCAGCCCCAACAUCCCCUCCCACCAUCUAGAGGGGGAGCGGGUGGGCUCCAAUGGGAUCCUUCUAUCUUGGACCAUGCCCUCUGACUCCCGCAUCGACGGUUAUGUCAUCAGGUAAGGAGACAUAUGAUGUAGACCCAGAUUAAGCCUUCUCCUGGAACACUAUGAGGGGAAUAACACUGUAAGGGGAAUAGGGGUUGAUAUUCCACCACUAUUUACCUCUAAAUAAAGUUUAAAUAAAGUUGUUUGUAUAUCAUCUGGUGUUUAAAUAAAGUUGUUUGUUUAUCAUCUGGUGUUUAAAUAAAGUUGUUUCUAUUUAAUUUAAUAGGUACAAGGAGGUGUGUCCGUAUCCAGACACCACCUUCAAAGAGGUGACCAAACACCUGGCAUCCCUGAGACCCUUCUCAACCUCUUUUUACCAGGUCUACCUAUAA